AUGAUGCCAAAGGCGGCCCCGGCACUCUCCACUGUGCGUGGAUUCGGCACAGCGCCCGUCACCUCGGGCGAUGAGGACUCUGACCACUGCGCGACACCUCCCUUGACCGCCCGCCGAGGCAACGGACGUCGACUCGACGAUGUGGUCAGCGCAAACUGCAGCCCCCUCCUCCGCGCCCACAACUCCCCCGCCAUCAGCGGCAUCGCCAAGCUGCGCAUGCAGCUGGAGCCACUCAGCCUGAGCGACUCCCGCACCAGCACCAUGACGGGCUACAGUGACAGCCGUACCACCACCAUGAUGACUCGCACCAACAGCCAGCAUAGUGCGCUGGGUCGUAGUGAUGAUGACAUUUCCGAGAACGGUUCGACUAGCUACGAAGUCGCUCUGGAGCACGAGUUUGUUAGCGAAAGUGUCCGCGAGAAGCCCAAGUUUGGUGCGAUUGAAGGUGGACUUGUCCAGCGCAAGGUACAAGCUGAUGAUUUUGAGCCCCUGCGCUGUCUGGGCAAAGGAACCUAUGGCACCGUGCUUCUCGUGAGACAGCGUGCAACUGGUCGCUUGUAUGCGCAGAAGCAGUUCAAGAAGGCCUCGGUCGUUGUUCACAAGAAACUGGUGGAGCAGACAAAGACUGAGCGCCAGAUCCUCGAGUCGGUCAACCGACACCCCUUUGUCGUCAACCUGUACUACGCAUUUCAGGAUCACGAGAAGCUCUAUCUCAUUCUCGAGUAUGGCCAGGGCGGUGAGCUCUUUACUCACCUCAACACAGAGAAAAUGUUCCCUGAGCCAGUGGCGGCUUUCUACAUGGCACAAAUGAUCAUUGCCUUGUCGCACCUCCACGAUAACUUGGGCGUCAUCUACCGCGAUCUGAAGCCCGAGAACUGCCUCUUGGAUGCCAAGGGAAACCUGCUCCUGACGGACUUUGGGCUGUCCUCCCAAGUCCCUCUUGAUGAGGAGGACUGCUGCAAGUCUAUUCUGGGAACUGUUGAGUACAUGGCACCCGAGGUGGUUCGCGGUGACAAGUAUGGCAAGGCUGUCGACUGGUGGUCGUUUGGAGCUUUGGGCUACGACCUGAUGACGGGCAACCCACCUUUUAGGGGCGGCAAUCAUGCCAAGAUCCAGCACAACAUUCUCAACCAGAAGCUCGUGCUCCCCUACUUUCUCAGCCCCGACGCAAAGGAUCUGCUCACGCGUCUUCUCAACAAGAAUCCAAAGAAGCGACUCGGUGGAAACAUGCCCAAGGACCUUCAGACUCUCAAGAAGCACCGAUUUUUCCGCAAGAUUGACUGGAAGAAGCUCGAGGCCAGAGAGCUUGAGCCGCCUCUGCAGCCGAUGAUUACGGAUCCUGAAUUGGCGGAGAACUUUGCGCCCGAGUUCACUGAUCUCCCGCUCAGCCCCGUCAUCACAGCCAAGGACCCUUGGGGUGCAGAGUCUAUCAAGAACAAGGAUGGCUUCAAGGAGGAUCCUUUUGGUGGAUUCAGCUUUGUUGCCUCAAGCAGCUUGCUCGAUAAUGCGGGUUUCCUGGCUGGGGAGGCAUAA